UGACAGGACGCGGAGCUGCAUCCCCAUCAUUGUGAGAGGAGAGGAGGAUCCCCUGGCAACUACCGAGGAGCCGACGAGCCACAGCAGCACCCGCAAGCGUCCACUUUCUGCUCUUGAACCGAAACAAUGUCGGCUGGAGGAGAUUUGGGGAACCCCCUGAGGAAAUUCAAGCUGGUGUUUUUGGGGGAACAGAGCGUGGGGAAAACGUCUCUCAUCACCAGGUUCAUGUAUGACAGUUUCGACAACACAUACCAGGCGACCAUCGGGAUUGACUUUCUAUCGAAGACCAUGUACCUGGAAGACCGAACAGUAAGGCUGCAGUUGUGGGACACAGCUGGACAAGAGCGUUUCAGGAGCCUCAUCCCAAGUUACAUACGUGACUCGACGGUGGCCGUGGUCGUCUACGACAUUACAAACGUGAAUUCCUUUCGACAAACCUACAAAUGGAUUGAUGACGUCAGGACAGAGCGAGGAAGUGAUGUCAUCAUCAUGCUUGUAGGCAACAAGACAGAUCUGGAAGAGAAGCGACAAAUCACAAUUGAGGAGGGAGAGCAGCGAGCCAAAGAGCUCAACGUCAUGUUCAUCGAGACCAGUGCCAAGACGGGCUGCAAUGUCAAACAGCUCUUUCGGCGUGUUGCGGCUGCUCUACCAGGAAUGGAAAGCUUGGACGACGCGAAUCCUGAAGGCAUGAUCGACAUCAAGCUGGACAAACCGGCGGAGCCCACCGUCCCGGAGGGCGGCUGCUCAUGUUAAUAGGCAGCAGACAGAUCCCGUCACACCAUAGGCUUGUUGUGUUGCUUACUACUGACUAGCUUCCAGUUGGAUUUAAAAGGAUGCAGGGCUCGCAUCUGAUUGGAUGAAAAAACAAACAAAAAACAAACACAUCAUUAUCUUUCAGUCUUGUUCAGUUGUAAGAUACUGUAUACUUUGUCAAUAUGUAAGUGAUUGGAGGAGGCAAGGUAAGAACAAAAAGUAGAAAAGGGAGCUGGUUUUCUUUUCGCUGUUAUGUUUUGUAUUUUUUUAUAUAUAUAUAAAAAAGGAAAGCACCAAAAUUGAGGCCUAAAUAUAUCAAGGAUUUUUGUUUCUUUUUUUUGGGGGUGGGAGGUUGGCCGUUUUUCUUUGAAAAUGGCAGAACACA